ACGCGGCGUAAAUCGGUUUAUCGAUUCGCACGCCGGCGAGCGAGCGAGCGGCAACUCCUCUGUGGGAAUCGACGAACUUGCGGAGUCGAGUCGACGACGGGGAAUCGCGAUCAGCUGUUUUUGGUGAAGGUCGACUCAGCCUAAAGCGUCUCCCGCCACCCCCUUGCAGGCGCUUCCCCUGACCCCUGGCUGUGAAAGGGGGCGGCGGCAGCCAUGGAUAUCCUGGGGCGCCUGGUGAGGGGGGCCCUGUCGGCCGUGGCGCCGGGCCUCGCGGGCCCCCUGCAGGCACGGGAGGUGUCCCUGGGCGACUACCGGGGCCUGGAGGCCGUGGCCCAGGAGGGGAGUCUGACGCUGCUGCGGCUCGGCGGCUCCUGGGACGGCCUCCUGCAGCCGGGGCCUGGGGCCACGGUGGCACUCAGGCUGUUCCGCGUGUCCGGCGAGCCCGAGGCGCGCCGCCUGUUCGCGCUGCUCGCCGAGCGCGUCCUGCCGCUGGUGAGCGGCACCGGCGGCGCGGUGUGGCCGGGCGGCGCCGGCGCGGGGCCGGCCGCCUCGGCGCAGCGCGUGCUGGACGCCCUGCGCGAGCACCCCGAGUGGACGCCGGCCCACCUGGCGGCGCACGCCGGCCUCGUCCACGCCUUCCGGCACAACGCCGUCCUCAGGGACGUGGAGAGCGGCGCCGGCGGAGCGACGCCGCUCGUGGUGGCGGUGAGCGCCGGGGAGCUGGCCUGCGCCUCCGAGCUGCUGGCGUGCGGAGCGCGUGUCGACACGCGGGACGCGCGCGGGGACACGGCGCUGCACCUCGCCGCACGCCGCACCGACCCCGCCCUCCUGCAGUGUCUGUGCGAGGCGGCGCACGGCACGCUGGACGGGCCCAGCGGCGCCGGCGAGACGGCGCUGCAGGAGGCCUGCCGGCUGGGCCGCGAGGACGCCGCCCGAGUCCUCCUCCUCGCCGGGGCCGGCACGGGGGGGCCCGGCGCGGGGGGGCCCGGCGCGGGGGGGCCCGGCGCGGGGGGGCCCGCGGGGGAACACGCGGUGCACACCGCCCUGCGGCACGACCAAAUCGGCUGUGUGCAGCUGCUGCUGGAUCUGCGCACGGAGCAGCUGGACGCACGCGACGCCAAACACGGAGGCUCGCCCAUGCACUGGGCCCGCAGCGCACAGGCGGUGCGCCUGCUGGCGGCGCGGGGCGCUGCGCUGGAAGGGCGCAGCCGCAGCGGCGACGCGCCGCUGCACGCGAUGGCGCGCAAGCGGCGCCACGAGGCGGCGCUUGCGCUGCUCACGCAGGGAGCGCAGGCGGAGACUCGCGGCGCUCACGGGGACACGCCGCUGCACAUCGCCAUGCGGCUGGACCAUCUGGAGAUGAUCAAACCCCUGAUCGUGUUCGGAGCCCAGAUGGACUCCACCAACGACGACGGGGAGACCCCCGGGCUCCUGCUGGCUCGCAACAGCACCGGUGGGAACCGCCCCGUGCUCAUGGAGAUGCUGCACAGCGUGGGGGUCGCGCGGUGCUUCCCUGCCGGGUCGACCCCCGCCCCCCCCACAUCGCCCUCCUCGGCGUCGUCCCGGCCCGGGACCCCGGCCCGGCCUCCCCCGCCCAGGCAGAGACCAGCGCGGCCCCUGGGCUUUGAUGACGUGGUCGCCAUGGCGACGGUGAUGGCUCCCAUGCUGGACAUGACGGACGGGCCGCCCCCUCAGCAGCGGCGUGAGCGCGUGCUGAGCCUGGACGGCGGAGGGAUCCGCGGCCUGGUCCUCAUUCAGAUGCUGCUGGCGCUGGAGAGGGAGAGCGGCCGCCCCGUGCGGGAGCUCUUCGACUGGGUGGCGGGCACCAGCACGGGCGGCAUCCUGGCGCUGGGCAUCGUCCACGGCAAGUCGCUGGGCCAGCUGCGGGCGCUGUAUUUCCGCAUGAAGGACGAGGUGUUCCGGGGAGGCCGCCCCUACGACUCGGCGCCGCUCGACAGCUUCCUCAAGCGCGAGCUCGGCGAGCACACCAAGAUGACGGACGUCACGCACCCCAAGGUGUUGGUGACGGCUGUUCUGGCAGAUAGACACCCGGCAGAGCUACACCUCUUCCGGAACUACACCCCUCCCACGCCAACAACACCGCCAGCCUCACCCUGCCACUCACCCAGCGAGACGUUCCAGCCUCUCACCCCACCCAGCGAGCAGCUGGUGUGGCGUGCGGCGCGCAGCAGCGGGGCGGCCCCCACCUACUUCCGUCAGAUGGGGCGCUUCCUGGACGGGGGCCUCCUGGCCAACAACCCCACGCUGGACGCUCUCACAGAGCUGCAGCAGCACCGCACGCAGCACGGGUGCGCGGGCCCCCUGCGGGCCGUGGUGCUGUCGCUGGGCACGGGGCGGCCCCCGCGGGAGCGCGUGAGCUCUGCGGACGUCUUCCGCCCCACCAACCCCUGGCAGCUGGCACAGAGCGUGUUUGGAGCGCGGGAGCUGGGCCGCCUCAUGGUGGACUGUUGCACGGACGCGGAGGGGCGCCCUGUGGACCGGGCCCGGGCCUGGUGCGACUCCCUGCAGGUUCCCUUCUUCCGGCUGAGCCCCCAGCUGCGCGAGGACGUGGCGCUGGACGAGGUGCGUGAUGCCGUGCUGGUGGACGCGCUGUGGGACACGCAGGUUUACCUGCACUCACAGCGUGCGCAGCUCUCCCGCCUCGCUCGACUCCUCACCACCGACACCGACGCCCCGUGACCCCGUCCUCGCCGCCGUCGCCGCCCCGUGACCUCCUCACCGCCAUUCUCCUCCUCGCCCACCUCCUCACCACUGCCACCAAAUUCCGGUGACCUCACCACCCACCACCGACUCCCCGUGAGCUAGUCGCUCACCUCGCCCACCACCAAACUAGUGCCUCGUAAUUUCACCCCAGACCCUCGUGACCUCACCUCACCUCUCACCUCCCCUCUCACCUCCCCUCUCACCUCCCCUCUCACCUCCCCUCUCACCUCCCCUCCCUCCUCACACCUCCUCACCCCUCACCUCCUCACCAGACCCCCUCAUCCGUCACGUGACCAUGCAACUACUGCUAUGGGCCGCCAGCACAGCGGGUGGUGCUGCUGGUGGUGGUGGUGGGGGGUUGCCACCCAUCUUGGUUUCCCCAGGGGUUGUCUCCUCGAGGAGAAGGCAGCAGCUCCGCUCCCGGGAGAUCUCUGCCUCCUCCCGGGAGAUCUCUGCCUCCUCCCGGGAGAUCUCUGCCUCCUCCCGGGAGACGUCAAGAGCCCCCCGGGUUUUUGUCUGGAGGGUUGGCGCGUCACUCGCGCGCGAGCUCCUGCAACUCCAUUUCCAACAGACGAGCGCCUGCAAAGGGCGCUCGUGUAACCGGCACUGCCAGCAAUGAAUUGCCCAAGUUCUGCGGUCCUGUGUUGUGGGUGCGCGGCCAGCUCCAUUUGUUACGUGCGCCGGGGAAAAUCCACGGCCUUGCGCGAGGGGGCAACGCUCUAUCCCCCGCGCUGGAGAUUAGCCCACGCGCUUUUCCGUCCCGCGUUCGCCUGGGGGGUACGUCCCCUCCUCGACGCCCACCCGCGCGUAGAAGGGUGGGGAGUUCCACGGCCCCAUCCGUGUGUGACCCACCAACCCCGACCCUCGCCGCUGCCUCCACGGGCGCUAGCCACCCCCCCCCCUCCGCCCGCCCGCAGCCCCCCGCUAGUGCGGCGGCGUGAAUGAAGUUGCCCUCGGUGCCCGCCCUGAGCCCGUGAGGGUGACCGUGGCAUUAUGGGGAGAUCCCUAAUCUGAUGGAAGCCCCUCCGCUCACUUGCCACUCGUCGCUCGGUCGGCCGAUCGGCUGAGCCGCGGUGAGCUGACGCGCUCCGUGGACGCCGGGGGGGGGG